AUGAGCCCGUGGGCCGAGACGGCUCGGGACGAGCUUGGGACUACGGGUGACUCUCGUGAAGGUGAACCAGGUGAAGUGGGUUUACCAGGUGAACCUUUUCAGAACCUGGCUGCGACUGAGGGCGGCCAAACUGUUGAUCUAGAGGUGGAACCCGAGACUAGCAUCCCAGAGGAAUCACAAAUCCCGUUGGUCACUGAUACCAAAGCUUUGAGGCCCAAAGCUGGUGAGCUUCAGUUGUCCCAGAAUGCAAUCAAUGCUCGUCUUCGUCGGGUCAUGACACCAACAUUGAAGGGAAAAACAAAAGUAUCCCAAGAAAUUGUGAAUGAUUGGCAUUCUAGCGGCCCAAGUGGCAAGAAGCGGAAACAACUGCAGCAGAUCUUUCAACUUUGCGGGUACAAUGUCGAAACCUUCGUUGAAGAGGUUGAGGUGUUGCGUCAGGAGCUGGAGGAAUCGGAGGUUGUCAUAGAAGGGGAGUACGUGAGCAAGGAUGUGAUGCUAUCUGAUUGGGGAUGGAGUGAGUAA